CAUUGUAAAUAAGAAUUUGUUCUUAACUGACUUGCCWUGUUAAAUAAAUAAAACAGUAUUUCGCGUCAGUAGGCUAGUUCCCGUCGCUGCAAAACCAGUUUGACAAGUCAUAAGGGCAGUGACGGAAUUUCAGAUAAAAUGAGCUUAUCAUAAACCGGAGCAGAAAGAACAAAGUUGAAUGCCAUCAAGUUUGUGUUGAUCAUAUUACGCGUCAGUAGGCUAGUUCCCAUCGCUGCAAAACCAGUUUGACAAGUCAUAAGGGAAGUGACGGAAUUUCAGAAGCGUUUUCCUUCUACAGCUCUACUGUAACACUUCAAGUAUAACUUAUAUGUGCCAUAUAAAGUAUGAAUAGUCCGCGAAGGGACAACAAGUCUUCUCCAGUGGUUCCUCCCAGACCCAGCAGUGAGGAGAUGAGCAACCCAACCACACACCGCUUGAACAAAGAGAAUGAUACGAGCAGUAACUCACAGAGGACUGGGAUGAUGGGAGUCAUGCAGAAAGUCAAUCCGUUCAAAACCACAACACAGGCCUCCUCUACAGCCAGUAUAGCUACAGAUCCGGUGGCAGAGAAGACUGUGGAUGGAAAUGUCCCUGAAGCGAAACAGAACCUGGGUAUGUUUAAAGGAGUGACACAGAAAGUCAACCCAGUCAGGUCCUCUACACAGGGGAGAAAAGAGGACCCUCCAAAAGACACUGUGGAUCAGGAAAAGCUACCAGAAGGCAAACAGGUCUUCCAGAACCCUGGAAUGUUCACAGGAAUGAUGCAAAAAGUCAAUCCUUUCAAGUCUACAGCACAGAUACAGGACACUCAGUCGAUACACAGUGAUCUGUCCUCCAGUGCUGGCAGUCUGGCAGAGAACACCACAACAGAAAGACAAGAGGACCCUUCAACAGACACCAUAGAUCACCAAGUGACAGCGAKGCUACCUGAAGCCAAGCAGAACCCUGGGAUGUUCAKGGGAAUGAUGCAGAAAGUCAACCCAUUCAAAUCUACAGCACCGACCCAGGAUACUCAGGCCAUACACAGCAAUCUGUKUUCCAGUGCUGACAGUCUGGCUUCUACAGGAAGACAGGUGAUAAAGGAAGACCCUCCAACCGACAGUGUGGAUCACCAUGUCACGGAAAAGCUACCAGAAAGCAAACCGCAGCAGAAUCCUGGAAUGUUUAUGGGAAUGAUGCAAAAAGUCAACCCUUUCAGAUCUACAACACCYAUUCAGGACAACCAGUCCAUACACAGUGAUCUUUCCUCCAGUUCUGGCAGUCUGGCUGAGAGUAACAGUUCUGCAGGAAAACAGAACCCCGGGAUGUUCAAGGGAAUGAUGCAGAAAGUCAACCCAUUCAAAUCUACAGCACCGACCCAGGAGACUCAGCGUGACAGUGUGGAUCACCAUGUCACAGAAAAGCUACCAGAGAGUAGCGGACACAGCGACUCAUCCUCCAGUUCUGACAGUCUGAGUGACACCAACGUCUUCAGUCCUACGGAGAAUCAGACCGUGUGGUACACAGACAAUGAAGCUACUUCUUCAGUGAAAAGUGGACCUCCACCACCACAAGAAAAUAAGAAAAGGACUGGGACAUUCCAAAUCCGAAGGAUUCUCCCUGGUGCCCUGUUUGGCUAUGAAAAUACUGAUGCUCAGCCCACAGCCCAGGCGGGCCUAGUGGAGGUCCAGACACUGGAGAUGGCUGCAGUGCCAGUACCUAGUGAAGGAAACCCACCGGACAGUGUGGAUAAUGAGGAAGGUCUUAUGGAUUGGUGGCAAACAGUAGAGGGUUGGGAAACGUGGAAGGAGUCCAACACCUUUGAAGCGGAUGAAGGCGAGAUGGCAGUGGAGGCGGUGGCGGACCGUGUCUUCAUGGCGGCCCGUUUCUUUGUGCGUCUCUUCAACCAGCGCGGUGCCUCUUUACAGCAACGCAUCCUGGAGCUCCUAUCAUUGGCCGACGCCGCCGACAGCUUCCACAAGAAGACUGUGAAGGCCAGCGUGGGGGGCGGAGUCGCCAGCGUUGCUGGGAGCAUCACCACUAUCACCGGCCUCAUCUUGGCGCCGUUCACCAUGGGAACGUCGCUCAUCGUCACGGCAGUGGGCAUCGGCGUUGCGACGGCGGGCGGGGUAGCGUCAGCCUCUGCAAAUAUUACCGAUACGGUGCACUCCAAGACAGACAGGAAGAAGGUGGAGAAGAUGAUUCAGGAUUACCAGGAGGAGAUGAAGGAUAUCAAGGAGUGUCUGGACUUUUUGCAGGUCGGUAUGGAGACCCUGGAGGAGUGGGACUUUGAUCAGUACGUGGACAGCAUCUCUAAGAAAUAUCUCAACCAGAAUGUCAAACACGUGAUGAAGGAGGGUGGCCGGGCCGGCAAGGCAUUACUAAUCAACACAGAAAGUCUGAUCAACACCGUGCAGGUUCUCAACGUGGCAGGCGGAGCGGCCAAGGCAGCCCAGGUGAUGAGUGUCACCACAGGAGUAAUGUCGGGUCUCUUCCUGGCCCUGGAUGUGUUCUUCCUGGCAAAAGACUCCAUCGAGCUCAACAAAGGAGCCAAGACGGAGUUUGCUGGGAAGAUCAGGGAAGUGUGUAAGGAUCUUCAGAAUGGACUGUUGGAGCUCAACCGCAUCAAAGAGCAACUGCAGAAAACUAUGGAUGGGAUCGAGGUGGUGGAGGAGGAGGAGGUGUACGAGUCUGAUCCAGAGAAACUGGCCCAGUUGGAAGAAUGAGUGAAGGAAGAGAGGGAGGGAAGGAAGGAAGUUUUCGGUUGUGAAACCCGAAGGCGUUUGACCAAAAAUGUUGACCAAUUUCUUUUGUUACUUAUUCCGUUACAUGCAGUAGACCUAUAAUCUGUGCUAUGUUUCAGCCAAAAAGGUGCCUAGAACGUUUUGACAUGGCCAAACUUUGCCAAAUUGCCACUUUAUUUUUCAGUUGAGAAUGUAGUGCCUUAUUUAAUAUAACACUGAUGGUG